AUGGCCGUGGAGUCCGGUCGUCGGCUCCGGGAGCGCGCCCCAGGAGGAGAUGAGGGGCGCCCCGCUGUCCGCACUGUCGCAGAGGACGCACCAGUCCCCGCGAGCGGCAGCGGUGGAGGGGCCGGGACCCGGUGCCUAGGGGGGACCGGCUUCACCGCGGAGCGCGCUUGGUGCCCCGGCAGCGCGCCCCGCCGCAGAACCCGACUUUUCUGUCCUAGAGCACACCCCACCCCGACGUGA